AUGGCUCCUACAACCGCUCUUCUCCUGUCGCUGCUCGCGGGCCAAACAUGCGCUCAUACCUUUAUUUGGGGCGUAUUUGUCAACGGAGUCGACCAAGGAACCUUCAAAGGCAUCCGCAUCCCCGCGUACAAUGGUCAAAACGGGCGUGGAGGCUACAACAACUCGCCAGUCAAGGACCUCGACUCCAUCGACAUGCGCUGCAACGUCAUGGGAGACGUGCAAGCCCACGAUACUAUCAAAGUGGCGCCGGGAGACAACCUCACGUUCGACUGGCAUCACGAGCUUCGUAAUGAUACCGACGAAGUCAUUGCCUCUUCGCACCAUGGGCCCUCGCUCAUCUACAUAUCGCCCGACCCCCCACGAGAUAACUCGUUCGUCAAGCUCUGGCACGCCGGCAAGAUCGAAAGCAACCCGUUCCCACAGCCAGGCGAAUGGAGCACCACCAGCGACAUUGCGAAGAAGUUCGGCCACAUGAAUGUACGCGUACCGGCGGGACUCAAAGCCGGAAAGUACCUGAUCCGCGCUGAGAUGGUCGGGCUGCAUGAAGGCGAAGUAAGCUAUGCGCAGAAUCCCAGGCGUGGAGCGCAGUUCUACCCGGAUUGCGUGCAGAUCGAGGUGACGGGUGAUGGCCAAGUGGAACUGCCCGAGGGCGUCAGUUUCCCGGGUGCUUAUUCUUACAACGAUCCUGGCGUCGUACACAACAUUUACUGCUCGACCGAAACCAGGAAGCCCGCAGCAUCCACAACUCCCUGCGUGACCGACUAUGUGAUUCCUGGGCCGACAGUAUGGACGGGCGCUUGGCCAGACACAACUGCCGUAUCUGUCGGGCUCGUCAAGGGCGUUACGACUGCGACGCCGUGGAGUACGUGGAUUGGGACUAACAGCGUGGUCACGAGUGCCACGUACACGGACCCGCGCAGCCAGACGAUUGUCGGUAGCUCAAAGUACACGGCGACUUGGAGUGCGACGUAUGCGGAGCCUACGGCUACGGCUCCUCGGUGGUAG